UUUCAGUAAAAGAAGAGUGGUGUUCGUUAGGUUUUCUCUUUGUGUUUUACAUUUUAAAUAGACGCAUAGAGUAUGACAGGGUUAUUCGAUCAGAUAAAGUUGUUGUUUGAGCAGCAGCUAUACACAAAUGUAGUUUCUUUGGCAAAUUUAGUGCUCUCUGUAAGUGAGCACAAUCCUGAUAUUUUGACGGUACCAGCAAAGUUCCAGACAUAUGUUUAUUAUGGGGACUCACUGUUUUACCUUGGCCAGUAUCGAAAAGCAGAAGGAAUGUAUCGAAAGGCUCUUCAAUUUAAGAAGUCCCUCCUUAAAUCUAAAGGAACUGCAAAACCGCAGGACAACCAGAAAGAACUCAUGCCAGAUAUUGAUAUAAAAUACCAGAUUCAUGUGUGCCAUGUCAACUUGAAGCAGAAUCACCAGGCAAUUGUGGUACUUCAGUCUAUCCCAGGGAAAUUGCGAAAUGCAAAGAUCAACAUGGCACUUGCCAAGCUCUACCAACAAGGUGGAAUGGAACGGUCAGCCAUAACAUCAUACAAGGAGGUGUUGAGGGAAUGUCCUUUGGCGUUGGAAGCAGCAGAAGGACUACUGAGUCUUGGAGUAAAAGGAAUAGAAGUAAAUGCUUUGGUCCUUGAAGGUACAUCAAACUUUGGAAACAUGGAUUGGUUAAAUUCUUGGAUUAAAGCCCAUUCUCAUCUUCACAAUCGGGAAUACAACCAGGCUGUUUCAACAUUCCGGCAGUUGGAUGAUCGAUCGUCGUUACGAGACAAUCUCAACCUUCUAGUUGCAAUGGGCGAAAGUUACUACUACUCUGGAGACCAUAAAAAUGCUCUCAUUGUGCUGCAGAGGGCACAUGCUUUGGAUCCAUAUAUGCAGCGGGGACUGGAUGUUCUGGCCGCUCUUCUUUCAAAGGAGCAUAAGCAUAAAGAACUGGAGAAACUUAUAUCACCCAGCAUUACUGUAUCAGAGUAUGGCCCAGAAACAUGGAUCGCAAUGGCUUAUUUUCUGUAUGCUACAAAGAAGAACUCGAAAGCUGCCUACUUUGCUCAGAAAGCUUGUUUCCUUAGUCCACGAAAUGUGGAGGCACUGAUCCUCAAAGGUGCUAUAUUGCUGGAUCUAAAGAAGUUCCAGGAUGCGGUCGUGCACUUUCGAGAAGCGAUGCAGGUGUCACCGCAUCGCUAUGAGCCGCAUCGCGGCCUCGUCGAUUGCUAUAUUGCCAUGCACAGGCUCCGAGAAGCUCUCACUAUUGCUAGUAAUGCCUGCAAACAGCUGGGACAGAACCCCAGAGCCCUCACUUUGUACGCCUCAGUCCUUAUGAAAGAUCCCGUCACUGUGUGUAAAGCAAAGAGCAUUCUGGAGAAGGCCCUAGCGCAGGAUGAGAUGUAUUUGCCGGCAGUGUACCUCUUAGCUGAGAUAUAUGAACAGGAGAUGGCAUUGGAGUCUGCCAUAUCGUUAUUAGAGAAACAGGUUGAACUGCAGCCGACUUGCAAACUGCACCAGAUGCUGGGUGAUCUGUUGGCUCGUGUUCAUGAGGAAGAAAAAGCUUUGGACCAUUAUAGCAUUGCUCUAAAUUUAGAUCCGAAUAAUCGGCGAGCAUUGGAAGGAAUGCACAGGAUAGAUAACUCGUCAAGCAAGUUGGACACCUCAUAUUAUAUGACGGUGGGAGAGGAAGAAGGAGGUGACACCACAUACGAGAGGAUAGCAGACUCUGAAAAUGAGGGUGAAGCAGAUGAGAGCGAAACUGAAGCUGUGUGGUCUGAUAUGGACCUUGAACUGAACAGCCAGUGAGAUUAGUUCUUGUUUACCAAGAACUCGGUACUAGUUCGCUUGUAGGGAAGACCGUGGGAUGGCUUCACGACGACGGCACGUUCCUGCUGCAAGCUGCUGCGUGGUAUUCAGAAUAGUCGGCCCCCCAGUUUUCUUUUCUGAACAACCUGAGUUGAAAUAAUAUAAAUAAAAUAUUUGAUAUGUAAGAAAUUAUACCGUUUUUAAAAGAAGUCAUCCUGAAUUUCAUUUUCUGUACCAUUUGACUUUGGGUCCAUCAGAUAUCCAGAUUGUAACAUGUUUCUAUUGUGUUCUGAUCAGAAGUGUAUGAAGUGCAGUUUUUAAAUGUUUAUUCGGAUUGAAUUUGGCUGGAAAGUUUAAAGGCAUAUAGCAGAUCAAAUUAUCUUGAUUACACGACAAAUUCAGUUACGGAACAGGUGAUAUUGUACAAUGCCUAGAUAUAUUAAAUAGCAUUUGUCUGCAGAUUGUGCGAUUUACUUACAGAAUGGCAAUAUAGAAAUUGGACUGAAUCUCGUUGCAGGCUCAAAAGAGAGCUGUGUGAUGUUGCUUUUAAAUUAAUUUAUGAAAUGAAAUAUUGAGAAUUAA